CAGUGUUACCUGGAGAUGCCAGGAAUUGAGGCUGGGAAAUUGUAUUGGCAGUGCUGGUGCUGCACUAUUUCCCCACCCCAAGAACAGAAAUUCAGAAGUGAAGGAGUAGAGAAUAAAGAUGCAGGUGAUGGAAUGAUGAAGGACACAAAAGGGAAGACUCUGCAGGAGGAGGAGGAGGACUUUGAACCCCAAGUUGAAUUGCAUUUCACCAUAUUGGAAGAAUCAGAAGGGGGUAUUUCUCAGGGGAAACUGUGGCAUUGUGACAUUGAUGCAGAACUGCAGCCGGAAAGCUCCUCUCCGCCAGAACCAGACGAUGAGUCCGUUUACUCUGACAGAAGCCGGUCUCCCUCCCCAGACCUGCAGGAAGUUCUUCCAGCCCCUGACAGGAAAGUGGGAGAGAGAAGGGUAGAAACAUAUCCCCAGCAAGGCCCUGAGCAGCAGGUUGAGCUGCACUUUACCAUCCUAGAGGAGUCGGAAGGGGGCAUUUCUGAGGGAAAGCUCUGUGCAAGUGAGAUUAGCCCAGAUGAACCACAGGAGAUGGCGUACCCGGAGAGCCAGUGGGAUGGACCUGUCAAUUGGGGUAAGAAACCCGGCCAGCCAUCAGAUGUGGAGAAAGUGUCUCCUCCAGCAGAGGACAGGCUGGAGGGAGAAAUGAAAGGGGAGGCCUCCCAGCCUGAAAGCUCUGAUCAGCAGGUGGAACUCCAUUUUACCAUAUUUGACGAUUCUGAGGAAGUGAGCCUUUCUCAGGGGCCCGAGGACUAUCCCAUCUGGGAAAGCCCAUUCAAGCCAGAGAUGUAUCAGGGAGACUAUCCAAAGGAGGAUUGGGAUGCGUCCAUUGACAGCCUGGGUGAUGUCUUUGAAGCAUCUUUCCAGCAGCAGUUCUACUCAGGAGGGAGGAUGUACCCCUGUACUGAGUGUGGACGAGUUUUCAACCGGAAGUCAACCCUGACGCGACACUGGAGGACCCACACGGGGGAGAAGCCCUAUUCAUGUCUCUACUGUGGGCGGAGCUUCAGCCUGAACCUGAAUCUUCUUACUCACCAGAUGACCCACACGGGGGAGAAACCCUACAAGUGCCCUGACUGUGGGCAGAGCUUCACCCGCAGCACGAGUGUCACGAGGCACCAGAGGAGCCACCGGGAGGAGAGCCCGUAUCCAAAUGACCUGUGGGAGGAAAGUUUCUCCUAUGGGUUUCCAGUCCCCUUUCCCUAUCCGAUGCCUCAGAUGGAGGAGAAAUCCUACAUGUGCCCAGAUUGCGGAGAGACCUUCACUCACAGCGGGAGCCUCAACAGGCACCUGCGGAUGCACAGGGGAGAGAGGCCUUACAAAUGCGUCGUGUGUGGGGAGGGCUUCUGUUCUAUGUCGAAGCUUUACAGGCAUGAGAGAAUCCACAUGGUGGACAAGCCCUACCACUGUGAAACCUGCGGGAAAAGCUUCGCCGUCAAGUCGACACUAACGAGGCAUCAGAUGCUCCACCAGGCGGAGAGGCCCUACAUGUGUUCUCACUGUGAAAAGGGCUACGUUCAAAGGAGCCACCUGGCCAGACACCACCACAAGGCCCACCCUGGGGUGCCCUUUAACCCUGUCAAAGCGAACAGUAUGCCUGCCACCAUUCUGGAUUCCGAUAACCUAGUCACCUAUUUCUGGGGGGACGAGGAAACGGACACUACCUCUGAGCCUGUCCCGACUCAGUUGAUCUACUCGGGAGCAGACUGCUGAAAGGGGACAGGGCUCAUGCUAGCCUGGAGCUACGCGGGCCCUGUAGGAGAAGCGCCUUGGUCCCCAACCUCUUGUGCUCUGUCCUUUUUUAACUAAGUGCUGGGAUGCUUCUGAUCUUAGAGCUUGAAGAUCCGGCCCCAGAUGGAUUCUUACUGCAAAAAAGAAGUGGGGCAUUGCAGUGGACAGUGCCAAGACUCCUUCCUUGCCUUGCUACUUUUACUUACUACAGCGAUCCAUAUGCCCGAGUGCCACCUUGACAUCUGGAAAGGGUGCACGCUUCUUCGGGUUGCACCCACUACACAUCACAGAAGGCUGUAGAUGCACCUGAACCAAAGUGCUACAUCUGCAGUAUAGGAUCAACUUGCUUCCGAUGGAACUGGUUCACAUUUUAAUUAUUUUUUCUCAAGCUGUUUAGUGGAACAGAAGCAAAAGUGCCAUUUGUAAUGAGGCAGCCAGCAAGUCUAUGUGCUGAUGAAAGGAAGCAUCUUGAACGGGGAAAGGGAGAGCAGCCCAGCUUGUAGCAAAAUGUCUAUGUAGGGAGAUGGGAGGGAGCUUGGGAAUUCAUUGGAACUUGUUUUUGUUUGUAGCAAGGGGAAAUCCUUCUCUCUCUUUCUCUUCCUCUCUCUCUCUCUUUUCCCCUUUGAAAAAGGAAAACUACGCAUUUUAUCAUUUUGUUUUAGUGAUGGCUGGACUCUUGAAAACCUUAGUAAAAUACAGAAAUGGAGAAAAAGUA